AUGUCUCUUCCCACCAUUGAAGUCGUCUACAGGCCCGGAACGGAGGCGUUCCGCGCGAAACCCAAGGAUGCAUCGUUCGUAAAGCCCGCGUUCGACAUCCUCAGCCAGCAGAAGGGCCAGCUGCAGAAGUUCUUCGGCCUGCAACACGAGGAUAAGACGUCCGCCUAUGUUAUCGUCGCUUGGGAGGACCUCGAGGACCACAAGCGGCUCAUGAACGACACCGAGACGUACCCGCGUCUCGGUGCCGCGGUCGGCAGCUUCUUCGACGUGACCGCGAAGGCCCCGCAGAACAUGGUGCACGUCCGUCCGACGAGCGACCCGUUCAAGGCGUUCGAGGCUCCCGUCACCGAGAUUGCGUACUUCACGCUCAAGGCGGGCACCUCGAAGGAUGCGGGCGAGCAGCUCAUCGACACGCUCUCGAAGGCGAUGAUCGCUGCAGGCAGCGCCGACGGCGUGGUGCACUCCGCCUGGGGCCCCGUUGUCGAGAAGGACAACGUCAUUGCGCUCUUCAUCGGGUGGACGAGCGUUGACGCCCACCACAAGGCGAUCUCCGCGAACACGACCCUGGCAGGCCUCAUUACACAGCUCAGGGCGGCUUUCGAGGUUGACUUGGUCCACGUUGAGUUCACUGCGGCCUAACGAGAAGGACGUACGAAGUACCAUAACCCUGUAAAUUAACCAUUCAAGACACUGAUGUUGUUAUCUC